UGGCCUGCCGCACGGCGAUCACGCGGCGGCUGAUCUGGAUCGUCGCGGGUGGGCUGAGGAGUGGAAGACCGCCGUCGCCGGUGGCCGGCCCGGUGUUGGACGUCGCCGUUCUCCGCAUCGACGGCCGCCUCCAACCAUCCCGACCUCCCACGCCGGCGGUUCCAACCCCGUCGUCUCCCCGUCGCGGUCGGCGGUUAGGGAAGUGGCCGGCCACGUCUUGGACGUCGCCGUCUUCCGCAACGACGCCGCGUCCGCCGCCUGUAACCAUCCGGACGUCCCACGGCGCGUAGAACACUCGUCCAAGACGCCGACGUUGACCUAACUCGUCCGCCGCCGCGGAUCCGUCAGUGUUGGUAGUAACGUGUGUUUAAAUGGACGAAGAAACCUCAUUUACGGCCGAUGAUAAUGGUACAAAUGAUGUCGGUCGGACCGAUAACGAUCCUAGUAAUGAAGAAGAUGACAGCAGCGAUAACGAUUCAUGGUCAUCAUAUGAUAUCUUACCUUCAGAGGAUUUUUCAAAUAAUGAACAUGGUGCAGACAGUGAAAACGAAGAUGUGGACGUUGGGAAUGAGCAAAAUAAUUUUGAGGAAUCGUGGGCCGAUAACUUGAGCCAGGAGGGUUCAGAUGGUCCCGAUGGUGGUGACGACGAAGCAGAGAUGGACAUUGAGGAGGCUCAAUACCAGCAGCGCGUGUUGGAGACACAUUGGAAGGUCAUGGCUAUGACUUUUCGGUCACAAGGGGAUGCAUAUAUAUUCUACAACAGGCACGCCAAAGAACAUGGGUUCAGCAUCAGGAGAGAGAAGGUGAAACGAGGGAAGGGUGCUUCAGGAAUAAUACGGUUCAGGCGGUUUGUCUGCUCUAGGGCAGGGAGAAGGCAGAGGAAAUUCAUAACCAUGGAGGGUCGCACCCGCAGGCUUAGACCCGAGACUCGAUGCGAGUGCGGUGCACAGAUGGUGCUGAAAUUGGACAGGGCACGAGGAGUUUGGUUCGUCGCGUCAUUCGUGGAUGAUCACAACCAUGCGAUGGCUCGACCCGACGAGGUUCCUUUUUUGUGGUCACACAGACGGAUGGAGAUGGCACGAGGGCAGAGAUACUGGCUAUGCAAGGGGCUGGAAUCAGGAAGCAUAUAAUUGUGGACAACUUCAUCAGUAGGUACGGUUCGUACGACAAAUGCGGACUUAUUAGGCGGGACGUGUACAAUCUUUGCUGCAGAGAGAAGAUGAAGCUCAUAGCAAAGGGUGAUGCUGAGACGGCAGUGGGCAUUAUUAGGAGCAGACAGGCGAAGGACCCAGACUUCUUCUUCGAGUACGAGCUAGAUAAGGAAGGGCGGUUGAAGUGUAUGUUUUGGUGCGAUGCACAGUCGCGGAGGGACUAUCAGGACUACGGAGAUGUGGUCGUGUUUGACAGCACGUAUAAGAUGAACAGAUAUGGUAUGUCGUUCGUCCCCUUCGUCGGUGUUAAUAACCACCGUUGCACAACAGUUUUUGGGUGCGCCAUUGUUUCCGAUGAGACCGAAGCGACGUAUGUGUGGCUGCUCCAGACUUUUAUGAGGGCAAACUGUCAGCAGAAGCCAAAGUCAAUUAUCACAGACGGUGACGCUGCAAUGCUCCGAGCGAUUCGGAGUGUCCUUUCAGAUGUGCUCCAUCGUAUUUGCUCGUGGCAUAUCGAGAAAAAUAUGCAGAGGCACCUACAUUACAAGUCACUAGAUGAGUUUAGAUCGCUCCUGUACUAUGCCACCUCUGAAGAGAACUUUGAGGAGAGAUGGACCGCCUUUGUCAAUAAAUGGAAGACGGAUAAAACUGAAGAGUGGCUGAGGAGGAUGUAUAGGAAGAGGAGACUGUGGGCAGCAUCAUAUCUUUCGAAUGGCUUUUUUCUUGGUAUGCGUAGUAACCAGAGGAGCGAAAGCCUCAACUCCUCCCUUCACCUUCACCUUGACUAUGGUAUGACCAUAGUUGAUUUGGUAGUGCAUUAUGAGAACUGCAUAGUUCGCCUCCGUGAGAACGAGGCGAAUGAUGACUGUGAGGCCAAUCAGAAAGUACCACCGGCGGUUACUGAAUAUAAGGACAUUGAGGAGCAUGCUGCCAAAGUAUUCACUCCUGCUAAUUUCUACAUUCUGCAAAAUGAUUUGAAGAAGAUGGGAGAACUGGAGAUAUUUGAGACGCUGGUGGGAAUUGAGCGCCAGAC